UAUAAAGUGUAAUUAACUGUAUAAAUUAAAUAAAACUUGUAUACUUGUGUAUCAAUCGAUUCCUGGGUUUUAAGCAGCAAAAACCCUAGUAACCUAGUCCCUCACUCCUCGUUCGCCGUUUCCUCGCUUCUCAGGUUAAGAAGAAAUGAUAAAGAGAAGGUUCUUUAAGCACGAACACGGCGAUAAAGACGCCCCAUCUGAUUCCUCUUCCUCCUCGUCCGAUGAUGACUCAGAGUCCGAGGUUGAGUUACAGUCAGACAAUGAAGAGAUAGAAAGUGAUGACAACGUAGCUGCUCAAGUGAAGCAGAGCAAUGGUCCUGGCUCUUCUUCUUCUGGAUACGAGAGUGAGGACAGUUCUGCACAUGAAGUUGAUCUUGACUCGCCAGGUAUACUGUCCUCCGAGGAUGACGUGGACCCUGCGGAGAAAGGGGAAGAUGCCGGUGUAACUCAUUUGCUUGAGAAAAGAAAGUCUGGCAUAAAGGAUAAAUUGUAUAAUGCCAAGACUGAGAAAGAUGAGAUUCAGUCAGACUUGCCAUCAUGUGUUUUGAAGUCUAAAUCAGUUUUUAAGUGCAAGAUAUGCCCCCGAAUAAUCUGUCUGACAGAGGAGACGUUGAGGACUCAUCUUACAUCUAAGAGACAUUCCCGAUCUGAAAAAUUAUAUAGUGAAGGAAGGUUAAAGAUUAUGCUUAACAGUGAUGGAGAACUUGAAGCUCCAUUCGAGGAAGAGGAGACCCACCAAGAACGACAUGCUGCAACUCUAGCAGCAGCAGCUGCUGCUGCACAGUCAUCUGAAAAUUCAAACAAGGCUAAGAAAAAAAAUAGAGGGAGACAGAGACAAAGGAUGAGAGCAAAGAAGAAAACAGGUGAGGAUGUCCCCUCAACCAAUACAAAAGCUACAAAGAGAUCACCCAAGAAAACAGGUGAGGAUGUCCCCUCAACCAAUACAAAAGCUACAAAGAGACCACCCAAGAAGAGACGUCAAACUUGAAAAUGCAAGAGCAUGUUCUGCCUUGCUCUCCGCACUGAAAAUGAAGAAUAGAAUAUUGGUUAUUUGAGAAUUAAGAACUAACUAGCAUUUGAUUUGCUAGUUCAAGAGCUAUAUCCUGUAAUGGAUUGACAUUUUAAAGUUGAGAAGGAUUUUAUAUUCCCUAUAAUUUUUACCUAGUCCUAAGGAACUUAAAGGAAAACUUGUUCAAGUUUAGACAAGUCAUUAGUCUUUUGGACUUAAUGUUUGAUUAGUGGAAUUUAAUUGUUCUUUAUAGCCA